AGCGGUUGGUUCAUCAUUCUAUGGUCGUGUCUGUGGCGUUGUGGUCUGCGCAACGUUGAGCGUCAGUGUGUUGUUUGGUUGUCUCUUGGUGCUGAGUUGUUUACCUUUUUGCUCGUAAUUUUACUGAAGGAACGCUUUUGCUGGAUCCCAGAAAAUCGGCGCAUGAAAUGCUGAAGCAAUCAUCUAACAACGGAGUAUGUCUGUGUCGCUUGUGAUUCUCAAGUUAGAAGUGGCCAGUGACUUCCCACUUUUGCCUCACAUCAACUACGUCUCUGCGAGAGCUCGAAGGCUCCCAUAUUGCGCUGCCGCACCUUUUCGGGGUGGAGAGUGGCACUCAAGUAAGCUGGAAGAAAUUAUCAAGGAGAGCCGUGGUUGCCGUAAGCCGCACGAUAUUGUGAUCGAAACAGUCAUAAUAGAACCUGAUGAUAUGGCCUCGAAGCAAGUUGCGCGAUGCGAGAGAGAGGAGGAGCCGUCGGGUGAUCGUACAUGCACCGAGUCAUCUGCGUCCAAGGAAGGCGAUGUCAAAUGCAAAGAUGCUGUAGGCACAUUGGACUCUGUCACAGGGUGCCCUACGGAGAGGCCCAAGCCGCCCGCGCCUAGCCAAAUUCCGUUCUUCAGUGGCAACCAUAAUGUUGAAGUCACGAAAGGAAUACUGCACCUUUUUAAAGAGAAUCAGCAGACUCCGUUGGGCGAGGCAGAGCGCAGUGAAAUGCUGUGCAUGUUAGCUGUUCCUGCUCUGAUGACCCUUCACGACUUGUUGCAGUUUAUCGCGCCUGUCAGUGCGCACGUCGAAAGCAUCCGCGUCAUCCGUGACUCUAAACCGAAUCUCUACAUGGUGCUGCUCAAGUUUCGUGACCAAAAGUGGGCCGACGACUUUUAUCAGAGUUUCAACGGUGAGCGGUUCAACUCGAUCGAGCCGGAGGUGUGUCAUUUGGCGUAUGUCUCACAAAUGGAAAUGGUAAAAGAAGGAGAAGGCGACGCUGUGCCAGGCCACACUGAGCUCCCAACUUGUCCUGUGUGCCUGGAACGCAUGGACGAAUCUGUGGAAGGAAUCUUGACCAUCCUCUGCAACCACACUUUCCAUGACGGCUGUUUGGCCAAGUGGGGCGACUCUAGCUGCCCAGUGUGCCGAUACUGCCAGACGCCGGAACUGGUGCCGGACAAUCGCUGUUUCAGCUGUGGUUCUCAGGACAAUCUCUGGAUAUGUCUCAUCUGUGGCCACAUAGGCUGUGGGCGGUAUGUUGAAGCACACGCAUACAACCAUUAUGCACGCACGGACCACACUUUCGCAAUGCAACUGGGCAACAACAGCGUGUGGGACUAUGCAGGUGACAACUAUGUUCAUCGCCUUGUACAAAACAAGACUGACGGGAAGUUAGUGGAACUGGAAACUUCUCGCACUGACAGUGAUGAGAAGCUUGACUCUGUACAGUUGGAGUAUACAUACCUUCUUACAAGUCAGCUUGAGAAGCAGCGACGGUACUUCGAAGACUGCAUGGACAUGCUGCAGAAAGAUAAUAAUCGACAGAUAAAUGAGCUGAAGGAGAAGACUCAGAUUGCAGUUGAAGAACGUAAAGAUCUUGAGCAAAAACUUCGACAGGUCACCAAAGACCGAGAAGCUGUGCGCCGCAAGUCUGAGCAGUUGUCUCAACAGCUGAGCAAGACAAAAGCCGAACUGCAGGAAGAAAAAGAAAUGAACAAGUGCCUGCGCGAGAACCAGGUUGUGUGGCAGUCAAGACUGAAGGAUGUUGAAACCAAGUUGCAGGAACUUCAAAAAACUAAAGACAAAGAAAUUGAGGACCUACAGGAACAGAUGAGGGACCUAAUGUUCUACCUUGACGCAAAAGAAAAGAUCAGUUCUAGCUCAAAUGAGGUGCAACAGGAAAUGCAGGAGGGUACAAUUAUUGUUGGAGCACCCGGACCUUCAGGUACACCAACACACAAGCAGCGCAGACGAAGAAACCGCUGAUUUAUUAAAGUGUAUAACAAUGACAAUUUGUUAUUUAUCUCAAUUUAGCAUGCAAAGUAUGCUAUUUUCAAAUGUAUGCCUUGCCUGUUCUGUGCCUCUUAAAUAGCUUUAGAGACAAGGUCUUUGCAAGUGUCAGGCUUGUGGCAAUUGCAGAGUGGCUUCAAGAGUUUUUUGCUUUUUAGCUGGUGCUAUGUCAUCUGAGUUGUAUAUAUUAAAAGCUUUGAGCAUUUUCACAUCUUGCUUAUUGAUAUACCUUUUGGAAGGAUGCAAUAGUAAAAGAGCUAUUAAAAGACUUGCCAGCUGGCAGAGUGAAUCUUAAAACUUCCCAGCAAAAGAAUAUGCACGUUGUGUUCAAAAGUUCAGUGGUUACAUGUGCAAAAUGACAUUGCUUAAUUAGAUCGUUUUGUUUCUUUCUUGUUGUGUCUUUACUGUUAUUAAAAUAUUCAAUAGUCUGAACAACUUGAAUCAUAGUAGUGACACUAUGCACUGUGAUAUAGCACUAUGAGCAUAUUUACUAGUCGUGUAUUCUGCUAGUAACCUUUCAAGCUUUAACUUUACAUCAUAAGUUUAUUGGCUCAGAUCAGGUAGCCUUUUACCAGCUGCUAUAGUUAAACACCAAACUAUGCGGAAAUUUAAAAUGGUAUGUACCACUGCUCCUAAGCCAUUGUGUUCUUUGGUUCAGUUAAAGCAUGGCUGUUGGUAUAUGUGCUUUGAUUCAUAUGUGCACAAAUUGAGUUGUGACCAUUCUCACGGAAUAGCCACAGGUGAUGGUGCAUAUAAAUAGGGUCCUUUGUUUUCGGGUUUUGCAUAUAUUUAGAUUCGGGGGCUAAAAAUUGGAUGUUAUGUUUAAAAAGUACAACCAGAGAGAAAUUCGUGGUUUUGUUUUCUGGCAGCCUAAAGUUCAGGAUUCUGCUAAAUUUUACAAACAAUUAACACAAACAGUGGUCUCCUAGCCACAAACUUGCGGGAACAUGUAAUGGCAAAGAGAGCUGCUUGCAAAUUAUUUGACAAGCUCAUCUCUUUAAAUCCUAAUUGACAGGCAUUAUUAGUCUAUAUAAAAGAAACUAAAUUAAUAAAAACAACAAAUGGAGGUGGGUUUGGCAAUCUCUGCAUACUUUAUUCUCUGAAAUUGAAAAAAAUUAAUUGUGCACACGCCCAUGUUUCGCAGGAAGUGCAAUGCUUUUCCUUAUAUUACAAGCUCUUGUUGGCAUACUUUCUAUUUCUGCACACCCUAGACUUUUUAUGCAUUUUGUCCUCCACUGUUGUCUUGUUUCACUAGUUGCCAGUGUGCUCUUGCAGCAAAAUGGAAUGCCAACUGGACAAAUCAGCCACCAUUUGAACGUAACAUAGUAAGGUGGACAGCAUUCCUUAUUUUUAUGACACCUCCAUUUAUCAUCCUUUACGAAGAGCCAAAGUUCGGGUGGAAAUCUGGUAUAACUUGGUUUUCAUAAAUUUUCUUCAGGGUGCAAAAAAAUGUUUAUUAUUGGAUUUUACAUGAAAAUGAAGGACCCUACAUAUAAAUUAGCAUUUUAUUGUUGUGUUAAACAUUGUAAAACAGGUUGAUUACGUUUAGACUACUUCAGUUCAGAAUAUUUUUAUUUCUUUGAUAAAUGGUCUAUUUGGAUUGUCAACACUGAGAGUGUACAGUUGUUUUUGAGCUAUGUACACCACAAAAGACUUUUCGCAAUGCGAAAUGAACAGUCUUGUUUCAAUAGGAUGCUUAAUGUAAAGCUUUUAACUCACCUUGUCUGUAAUUUUAAACUGUUAUGUGGAAUUAUAUAAACCAUCGUACGUGAGAGGCAAUACCUCUGACUGACACAUUCAUUGCACGUGGUUAUUUCCAUAUAUUCAGUUGCAUUGCCACAGUGAAUGUUAGGCUUAUGUCGGAAAUUGUACUGCACUGUACCAUGGGCAGUAAUAACUAUUGGGCAUGUGGUACAAUUUACAUUUGCCGACACCUGUAUUUCAUGUCAGUUUGUAAGAAAUCUUUCAAUAUGACUAUUAUUAGAUUGUUGCUUUUGCAGAUUAUUAACAUCCGAUUAAAGCAUUGAAAAUGAGCUUUUACUUUUAUGUCGCUCCCCUGUACAGACAUAAUAAUGUAGGCAAGCAGGGUAGGAGAUGUUAUCCAGCAUGUUUCACUGGAAAACCGCAAAUAAAGCACACUUUGUUUCACUUUGCACCUUUACUUUGGUGCACUGCUUUUA